CAGAGCUGCAGUGUUUCUGUGGGAGAUUAAAUGAUACACAGCCGGCGACCGUUCAGAGUCAUUUUUACAAAGAUGCCGAACAAGCUGGAAUUUCUGAAUUUUGUCAACAUGGCAACUUUCAGAUAUCGCUGGAGGGCAUUCAAGGCGAUAGUUUUGAUGUUACUUGUGACUGUGCUGAUGGUCAGCGUGUUUCAGAGAGGACUCGUCAGCAGCAGAGGGGACAUACAGUUCGAGAGGGAUUCACGCAUGCAGAAGGAAGUGAUAAACUACUGGAAAGAAAACCAGGACAAAUUGGCUGAAACCAAAGAAGAACCGGUGUAUGAACGAGACAUAGCCAGAACAUGGGACAUCACCAGCACAAACUGCAGCGCUAACACAAAUAUUUCUACUACAGAAAGUUUCAACACACUGGAGCAGAGCUUUCAACAGUUUCUCCUCUACAGACACUGCAGAUAUUUCCCCAUGAUCAUGAACCACCCAGAGAAAUGUUCUGAAGAUGUGCACCUCCUCAUAGCGGUAAAAUCCAUUAUUACGCAGCAUGACAGACGUGACGUGAUCCGGAAAACCUGGGGAAAGGAGCAGGUCAUAGGCGGCAAGAAGAUCAAGUUGCUCUUCCUGUUGGGAUCUUCUACUAAUGAAGCGGAGAAAGCGAACCACCAGAAGCUUCUGGAAUACGAGGAUUAUAUCUAUGGCGACAUCCUGCAGUGGGAUUUCAUGGAUACAUUCUUCAACCUCACAUUAAAGGAAACAAACUUCCUGAAAUGGUUCUCCAUCUACUGCGGGAACGUGCGCUACAUCUUCAAAGGGGACGAUGAUGUUUUUGUGAGCGUGACAAACAUUCUGGAGUAUCUUGAGAGCAGCAAGAACACGAAAGACUUGUUUGCUGGAGACGUCCUGUUCAAAGCGAUACCUAUCCGAAAUAAAGAGAACAAGUAUCACAUCCCACUUGUGCUGUAUAACAAGACGAAUUACCCACCGUAUGCAGGAGGUGGGGGGUUCUUGAUGGACGGUCCCCUUGCACAACGUCUCUAUUUGACAUCAGAAACACUGGAGCUGUUUCCAAUCGAUGAUGUGUUCCUUGGAAUGUGCUUAGAGGUGCUACAGGUGACGCCUAUAAAACACAAUGCAUUCAAAACCUUUGGUCUCUUGAAGGACAAAAAGAGCAAACUGAACAAAGAGCCAUGUUUCUACAAGAGCAUGAUCGUGGUUCAUAAACUUUUACCUCCAGAGCUUCUAGAAAUGUGGAGGUUGGUCCACACUGACCUUGGGUGCGCACUCAAGUCCGGGCUGUUGGGAGAUUUAAAAAAUGAGAAGUUAUAGCAGUUCUAUGGAACAUCUUAAAGAUUUUAUGUACAGUAACCACACCCCGGUCUUAACAUCGUCUUGUUGUCCAAAUGAAAUUCAAAAUUUCUUCUUCUUAGAAAUAAAUACGCCCCAUAAACCCUUUUAGUUUAGGUUCCAGUAUGAAUCAUAUGUAUACCAUGUGAAUUGCUUAUACAAGGAAGGACACUAUCUCAGACAAUCGUUGUUUUCUUACAACCAUUUACUUAACACCGAGCUAGUGGACAAUUAUUUUUGCUAUACAGUUACAUACAUGCAGCACUGCAUGUCCUUAUUGGAGAAGCCACUAUGACAUGAAAAAUUUUGCAUUUGGGGAGCAUAAAAGAUUUUUUUAGUGCUUUAUUUUCUAAGCUACACUUGGUUGAUAUUGGGUGGUUUCUUUUUGCGGUAUUUUUUAGGUAUCACACUGUGCCAAUCUGUAAAUGAAGUAAAAGUAGUGUUAGAUGUUCUAAUGCAGCGGUGUCCAAUCUUAUCCAGAAAGUGUGGGUGCAGGUUUUCAUUCCAAACAAGCAGAAGCCACACCAGAUUAAACAAGUGGAAUCAGGUGUGGCUUCUGCACCCACACAAGCCCUUUGUGGAUAAGAUUGGACACCGCUGUUCCAAUGAAACAGAAGGAAACAAAAACCGCUCUACCUAACUCAUGGUGCUGGCUGAAUGAAUUGUCAUUAUUUUUCCUAAUUUUCUUUUUUACCCUUGACCAGCUGACCUGAGGUUUAUUAGAUAAAUAAAAAACAAUUGACAUCACUGUUCUCUGCCUUGAGAAGCAACCAAGAGGAGAAGAGUAACUCUCAACUGAUGCAACCACCACCAUGCUUUAACUUAUUUGUAACAAUACAAAGUGGGGGAAAUUUGAAUGGGGCGAAUAUUUCUACAAGGUACUGGAUACUGGAGCAGUAAAAUAAUUUAGUGGUUGCUUUUUACGUUUUAUUUGCCCAAUUCUGCUCAUGACCGUGUUAGUUAGUUAAGGGUACUUUACAGGCUGGCAUUUAAUCAUGUCCAGUCUGUCUCAAAUCUCUUGUCUGUGUUUUGUGAUGGUCACCGUUUAUCAGUGUAAAAUCUUUGUAAAUGUGUCAGUCUGCAUCUCAAAUCACAUCCCUGAGACAUAAACAUGCUUUGUGUAGUUCACAUUGUAGAAAGUUUUGAUGCACUUCAUUUGAUGUUCUUUUGUGUAAAUUUGUUUAGUAUGUGUUUGAAUGUCUGGAUCAUUUUGCAUUUGAUUUUAUUUAUUUGUAUUUGUAACAGAAUGUAAGUAACAGUUAGGAUGCAUACUCGUGUCAUGAGAAUACAUGUGUGUGACUCGACACACAGCAGAUAGAAUUAUUAUUGACAUUUUCCAGUUACAGAUAGUAAUAGUGUCUUUACAUAAUCGUACAGUAGUAAAAAAAAAUUGUGAGGUGUCAAAUUUUUACACGCUGUACAUUAUAAACUGUGAAAUGAAUAAAUACUCUGGUACGUAAUUUAAAGACAGAGCAGUUUUAAGGUUUGGGGUUUGUGAUAUUUAAAGUUUCUUCUAAAUUAUGCACCUUUUUUCCAAUUCUGACUUGAAAUGAGUGAAAUUGAUGAAAUCAGCAGGAAUGUAGAGGCCAUAAUUGUAAAUAAAGAUUUCUAAAUAUAAA